ACCAAUGAAAAUAAUCCUACACACAAUGAUGGAAAACACUCAAAAGAUGAAACAAUCCGAACAAACAAACAAACAAAAUCGUAAUGAUUUGAUGAUUUCUCCUCCACCUUUCCUUCCGUCGAGAAAGUUCCUCUCCUAGAUUUGAAAUCCUCGAAUCAGUCUUGCGGGAGAGUCUCCCGCAAUCCUCAACAAACAAUAAUCCAAUGUUUCAGAGAUUGGGAGCUAUUGGCGAGGAAGCUUGGACCGGUGACUCGCCGCCGUUUCAGCUGGUUAUACGGCGGUAACUGAGAGAUUUUUAGUGGACGGGAGGGCGUGGGGGGUGGUGGUGGGGAGAUUUGCGCUCGGUUGGGUGGAGCUUUGAUUUUGAAAGAUUUUAUUCGUCAUUGUGUUUAGGGUUUCCUCGUAGCGGACAAAGAGGAGGGAUUAGGGUUUCCCUAAUCAGAGCAUCUCUGUCAGUUGUCAGGUAAUCUUUGUCCUUGCGUUCAACUUUUAGUCUAAUAUAAAAAAACAAAAGAUCCAUCGCAAAAUUCUCUGCUUGCUCUUUUUUUUUAGGCUCUGCGAAGUUCCUCAUAGUGUGGUGAAGGAAGAGCAGAAACUACGAAGUGAUUUAAGAUUCGGCUACAGCGUUUAGGUUUCUUGUUGCGUUCAGUGUUCUCUCUCCGGAAUGCCUAAAGACCAUUAGGAGCUUCUGAUUUUAAGGGAAAUACCAUCUCUAUCUACUGUUUGUUCUUGAAGCUCCUCAAAGUACUUGUUUUCUAGCUGAAAUAGUAUAUUAGGGCUAUGCGCUUGAAAUUUGUGGUUGCGUGAAGAAGAGAGAGUUCGCAUGAUGGCAAUGUCCUGCAAGGAUGGUGGUAAGCUAGGAAACAUGGACAACGGCAAGUAUGUCCGAUACACGCCUGAGCAGGUCGAAGCCCUUGAGAGGCUUUACCAUGAGUGCCCAAAGCCCAGCUCCAUUCGCCGUAAACAGCUCAUCAGGGAGACCCUAAUUCUCUCAAACAUCGAGCCCAAACAAAUCAAAGUCUGGUUCCAGAACAGACGAUGCCGAGAGAAGCAGAGGAAGGAAUCUUCACGCCUCCAAGCUGUGAAUAGGAAGGUGACGGCUAUGAACAAGCUUUUGAUGGAGGAGAAUGAUAGGUUGCAAAAGCAGGUGUCGCAGUUGGUAUGUGAGAAUGGAUAUUUUCGCCAACAUACCCAGAGUGCAACACUUGCAACCAAAGAUGCAAGUUGUGAAUCUAUGGUGACGAGUGGUCAACACCAUGCAACACAUCAGCAUCCGCCAAGGGAUGCUAGUCCUGCAGGGCUUUUGUCGAUUGCUGAAGAGACUUUAACAGAGUUUCUUUCAAAGGCCACUGGAACUGCUGUGGAGUGGGUCCAAAUGCCUGGAAUGAAGCCUGGUCCGGAUUCCAUUGGAAUCGUUGCUAUUUCUCAUGGUUGCACUGGAGUGGCAGCACGAGCCUGUGGCCUGGUGGGUUUAGAUCCUACAAGGGUUGUCGAAAUCCUCAAGGAUAGGCCUUCAUGGUUGCGUGACUGCCGAGCUGUGGAUGUCCUCAAUGUUCUUCCCACAGCAAACGGUGGAACCGUUGAGCUGCUGUACAUGCAGCUAUAUGCACCAACAACAUUGGCACCUGCUCGUGACUUCUGGUUGUUGCGCUAUACUUCAGUUCUAGAAGAUGGCAGCCUAGUGGUCUGUGAAAGAUCACUUAAAAACACCCAAAAUGGUUUGAGCAUGCCACCCGUGCAGCAUUUUGUUCGAGCUGAAAUGCUGCCAAGUGGAUACCUGAUUCGACCUUGUGAAGGGGGUGGUUCAAUCAUACGUAUAGUUGAUCAUAUGGACUUGGAGCCAUGGAGUGUCCCUGAAGUGUUGCGCCCCCUGUAUGAAUCAUCUACUGUGCUUGCUCAGAAGACAACAAUGGCUGCUUUGCGCCAGCUGAGGCAGAUAAGUCAGGAGGUUUCUCAAACAAAUAUUACUGGAUGGAGCAGAAGACCAGCAGCUCUUCGAGCACUGAGCCAGCGGCUGAGCAGGGGCUUUAAUGAGGCUCUCAACGGCUUUACUGAUGAGGGAUGGUCAACCAUUGGAAAUGAUGGAAUGGAUGACGUAACUAUCCUUGUUAAUUCGUCUCCUGACAAGUUAAUUGGUUUAAACCUUUCCUUUGGUAAUGGAUUUCCUGCCAUCAGCAACACAGUCUUGUGUGCUAAAGCUUCAAUGCUCUUACAGAAUGUGCCUCCUACAAUUCUUCUUAGGUUCUUGCGUGAACAUAGGUCAGAAUGGGCGGACAACAAUCUUGAUGCUUACGCAGCCGCAGCUGUCAAAGUUGGACCCUGUAGCUUAUCUGGAUCUCGAGUUGGAAGUUUUGGGGGUCAAGUAAUACUUCCUCUGGCUCACACUAUUGAACAUGAAGAGUUUUUGGAGGUGAUCAAGUUGGAGGGCAUUGGCCAUACUCCUGAAGAUAUAAUUAUGCCCAGAGAUAUGUUUCUAUUGCAACUCUGCAGUGGAAUGGAUGAGAAUGCUGUUGGUGCUUGUGCUGAACUAAUAUUUGCUCCAAUCGAUACUUCUUUUGCUGAUGAUGCACCGCUGCUGCCUUCUGGUUUUCGCAUCAUUCCACUCGACUCUGGCAAGGAAGCAUCCAGUCCAAAUCGCACCCUAGACCUUGCUUCUGCUCUUGAGAUUGGGGUUGCUGGAAGCAAAGCAGCGAAUGAAUACUCUGCAAAUUCUGCCUCUAUGAGAUCUGUUAUGACAAUUGCAUUUGAAUUUGCAUUUGAGAGCCAUAUGCAAGAGCACGUAUCGUCCAUGGCUAGGCAAUAUGUCCGCAGCAUUAUAUCCUCAGUUCAGAGAGUGGCAUUGGCUCUCUCUCCUUCUCAUUUGGGUUCAUAUGCUGGUCUUCGUGCACCAUUGGGUACUCCUGAAGCACAGACACUUGCUCGUUGGAUCUGCCAAAGUUAUAGGUGCUUCUUGGGUGUGGAGCUACUGAAAUCCAGCAGUGAAGGAGGCGAUGUUAUCCUUAAAUCUCUGUGGCAUCACUCAGAUGCCAUCAUGUGCUGCUCUCUGAAGGCAUUGCCAGUUUUCACUUUUGCAAAUCAGGCGGGUCUUGACAUGCUCGAGACGACAUUGGUUUCCCUGCAAGAUAUUACUUUGGAAAAGAUAUUCGAUGAUCAUGGAUGUAAGACCCUCUGCUCUGAAUUCCCUCAGAUAAUGCAACAGGGUUUUGCUUGCCUUCAAGGUGGUAUCUGUUUGUCAAGCAUGGGCAGACAGAUCUCAUUUGAGAAAGUGGUCGCUUGGAAGGUUUUAAAUGAUGAAGAAAGCGCUCAUUGCAUCUGCUUCACUUUCGUGAACUGGUCGUUCGUCUGAUUUUCCAUUUGCACCUAGGUAUUAUGGCAUUAUGAAGACCAAAGAGUAGUCAUACUCGUUAUAUUUUAUGGUUUUGUUAAUGUUUUGGAUAUGGGAAACUUAUGUACUUUACUAUAACUGAAUACUUAUAUAGCCUGUAGGCCUGUCGUUGCCGUAUUUGAAAAAUUCUUGGACGUAUUGUACUCUCUAUUGGACUAAACUUUCUGAGUGUUGGCUUGAGUCUGAUAGUGAUGGAGCUUGACUUCUGAAUCUUAUGCUUGAUGAAGAUUAGUAAUGGAACAUGGAUUAGGCUUGAUUUGA